AUUUACAUCAGGCACACAUUCUGCCUCCUCGGUUUUGGGGUCCUUCACUGGAGGUGACAUUCAUUGAAGGGUCUCCCCUUGUGGACGGCGAAUAAACCUUCACAGCGACACAAAUCAUGGCCCAGGCAGUACAGAAACUUGUGGCUAAAGUACCAACGUUGGUCGGCGCCGCCGUGAGCUACUCCAAGCCCCGACUGGCAACUUUCUGGUAUUACGCCCGCGUAGAGCUUGUGCCACCCACCCCAGCCGAGAUCCCCAAGGCCAUCAGUGGUGUCCAGGAUGUCCUCAAGGGCUUCCAGUCAGGACGGCUCGGUCAGACCACAGUCAGGGAUGCUCUAAGGAAUGGACUUGUCGCUACAGAAGUUCUGAUGUGGUUCUACAUUGGGGAGAUCAUUGGCAAGGGAGGCAUUAUAGGCUAUGAUGUAUAAAGGUGGACUGUACUUUCUGCUUGUUUUCUUUGCUGAGAUUUGUCUGUUCCCUUCACUAUUUGAAUUCUUGGAAUCCAGGAACUAAAUAAAUGAAUAUUGUUAAAGAAUAAACAACUGAAAUGCUUAUUUAAAUUCAAGUGGGCUUGCAGUAACAUUUUAGUGUACACAGAGUGAUGGUACAGUGAAUACAAAUGUCGUUGAACUUUCGUCUGUUCAUUGCUCAUUUUUAUUUUAUUCAUUUGAAGUUGUAUGUAUGCAUACUUGUUACACUUAUAUCACACUGAUUUUCAUAUGUAGACAAUCAAGCAAAGCUCAGUCCUUACAGAAUGCACUUCACUAAAUAACCACUCUACUUCAAAAUUCUUUUUCCUCUGUGCUUAAACUCAUACAAAAAUGAAAGCAUCAGGGAAACCGGUGCAAUUGUCCCAGAUUAAGUAAUUUCAAUUGUGGUGUUGUGUAGUGUUGAACAUUGUGAGAAAUUAUAUCUCCAGAUUAACAGGAAAAUAUUACAAAAGUUAUAAAGCACAUGUGUAAUUUAGAUUUAGUGUGGUUCAAAAAAUACUAAUUAUGUAAUAAUUGACAUUUCUUCACGUUCUUGAUUUUCUGAUAGCAUCCGAGUAACAUUUCCUAAAUAUUUGCGGAACUCCUGUCGAACAUCUUCAGGCUCUUCCUCAAGGUUUGAGUGAAUAAGAGGCAGUUUGCUUAGCUUUGUGGCUAUAUGGGGAGAGUUAAUUAAAUUGAUUAUUUUAUUAACUGUAUUAUUAUUUUAACCAUAAGCAACUUUGUGUUUAAUAAAACAUUUAAAAGAAAAUA